UUUGGUUAAUGCCUCUCCUUUCUCAUUUCCACUACAGUGUCUCUUGGGCCUUAUUUCCCAUGCCGUGAAAACCUGAAGUUGAUAGGAGGCAAAAGUAAUAUCCGCCCACCUCGCCCUGAACUUAAUAUGUGCCUCUUGCCCACAAUGGUAGAAGCUAACAAGGGUAAAGAUGAGGUUUAUGACCGUAUGCUACUAGAUUACUUUUUUUCAUACCACCAGUUCAUCCAUCUCUUAUGCCGAGUUGCCAUCAACUGUGAAAAGUUCACAGAAACUUUAGUGAAGAUGAGUGUUCUUGUUGCAUAUGAAGGCUUACCUCUUCAUCUAGCUUUGUUUCCCAAACUUUGGACUGAGCUUUGUCAAACUCAGUCUUCCAUGUCAAAAAAUUGCAUCAAGCUCCUGUGUGAAGAUCCCGUGUUUGCAGAAUAUAUUAAAUGCAUCCUAAUGGAUGAGAGGACAUUUCUUAACAACAACAUUGUUUACACUUUCUUAUCCCAUUUCCUUCUCAAGGUACAAGGACAAGUGUUUUCUGAAGCAAAUUGUGCAGGAAUAAUCAAUAAUCUGAUUACAAAUUUGAUCAAUCAGUAUCAGAAUAUGGAAUCAGAAUUUGCCAAUCAGCGAGUUGAGAUUUUUAAAGCAAGCUCCACUUUAAAUGGGGACCUUCGAGCCCUCACUUUACUGCUUUCUGUGCAUACCCCCAAACAGCUGAAUCCUGCCCUAAUACCUACUUUGCAAGAACUGCUAAACAAAUGUAAAACUUGUCAACAACAGAAAAGCUCAUUGCAGGAACAAGAAGCCAAAGAAAGAAAAACUAAAGAUGAUGAGGGUGCCACUCCAGUAAAAAGAAGACGGGUUAGCAGUGAUGAGGAGCACACAGUAGACAGUUGCAUCAGUGAUUUGAAAAAUGAACCUAGGGAAGCCUUGACUCCAACAAGCACCUCAGAUAAUGAGACAAGAGACUCCUCCAUCAUUGACCCAGGCACUGAACAGGACCUGCCUUCCCCUGAAAAUAAUUCAAUUAAGGAGUACCGUAUGGAAGUUCCAUCUUCAUUCUCUGAAGAUCUGAUGCUGGCUACUCAUCCACACCACGGGGAGGAGCAACUGGGCAGCGGGAGAUUUGAAGAAUGUAAAGAUUUAAAAGAGCCAUCAAGCUCCAAGGAUUCUAACAUUGUUGAGGAUGAUACUGAGUUCCCCUCCACAUCUAUUUCUGCUGUUCUUUCUGACCUCACAGAUUUAAAGAACUCUGAAAGUCAAGCUUCCCAAGACCCUGAGUCUGGCUUAUCGCUUAGUUGCAGCCAUUCCAGAGGACUGUUGAGUCACAUGCAGCAGCAACAUCAAGACAUUUUAGACAUCCUUUGCAGGACCAUUGAAUCAACAAUUCAUGUGGUUAUGAGGAUAUCUGGCAAAGGAAGCCAAGCUGCUUCUUGACAGUAGAGGAGCAUGCGUGCUUUUAAAGUCUUUUUUUUUUCCUCCCCUUUAAAAAUGCUGUUUGUAUAAGUUCUGCUUAUUUCUGUUUUGUGCUUCAGUUUGUCCAGUGCUUUCUGCUUGAAUGGCAAGAUGAAAUUUAUAUGCUUAAUUGGCCAGGCAGAACUUCAAAUUAAAAAAUAAAUGAUUUAGCAUCUACCGUACGUUUUCUUAAAGGGCAAUCAGAUAAUGAAUAUGUUUUAUGUAAUUCAAAGUUCACUGUAGUGGCUUUCAUUUAAUAUGCCUGUCUGGGAGAGCAGGGUCUCUUUGCCCUGUAUGAUGUAAUUGAAACUUAACUGCAUUUUUACUGUGUAUAAUAUGGUGUCCUCUGUGCCAGUUUUGUACCUUACAAAAGAGGCAGAUUGCCUCGAAUCGCUGUGGUUCUUAUUAUCAAAAUUAAGUUUACUUGUAUACUAAACAACCACACGAAAUUUGAUUCUAUAAAGAAUCCUCUUUAGCUGUGGCCUGACGGUAUA